AUGACAAAGGCCCCGUCACCCUCUCCUAAUCCCAAGAGAGAGACUGCGCCGCCACCCACGACGCGCCCGCCACUGCAGAGAUUGGCCGCCAGCGACGCGAAGACAUAUCAGUCGCAAACUUCGCAGCCCUCGCCCGGAACCCGGACCCCGAGCAAACCCCGCGACGAUGCCGCCACCGACAGCGAACUGAGCGAGGCAGAGAGCCAGCCGGGCGACGAGGACGAAGGCGCUGGUGCCGACGAGCUGGCCGCGGAAGAAGCGCCACUGAGCGAGGCCUCGCCCGACGAGAUGGAGGUGGAACGCCUGCGCGGCCUGCAGCUGAAGAUGCUGCAGCAACAGCAGCGGGCGCGCAUGCGGAGCUCGUCCAACAAUUCCGCUGUCGCGCUGGGCUCUCGCCGCAUAUCGCCCAUCAAGGAGGAACCCAUGCCGGGCAUCUCGCCCACCCUCGAGGGCGCCUUUAUCAGUCCAACCCCGAGCCCGAACCCGCCGCUCCCUACGGGCCUUACCACGUCGACCGAAUCGACCGAGUCUGCGAGGACCAUUCGCGGCAGCAUGCCACCCACGCCCGCCGCCACCCAUGCCGUUCGAACGCCAUCCUACCCCUUCCCUUCAGUCCCAAACACGCCACGAUGGGCCUCGGCAUUCCACAUGCCCUUCACCAGCCUGUCGCCCACGGUAGCAGCGGGGCAGUCGCGAGAGUACGCGACCCCGCAAGAGCGCAUCGCCUCCGAGAGCAGCACCCCCGCCGCAUCAAGCACGCCCUUCGCCCCCGGAGGAAGGAACUACCAGAGCCCGGAUGCAGAAGACCCGCGAUUCCCGAGUCCCAAUCUUUACGACAUCGUACUGCGCCUGGGUGCCGAGCCCGGCCUUGCUGCUUGGUGGACGGCGGUAACGUCCAUCAUGCGCGACCACUAUGGAGCGGAAAGAGCCACCUUGGCAGUACCAGCGGAUGCGUCUGAUAUCGAGAACGUGCCAUGGGGCCAGAAGACUAGUUUUACUGCCAUGGGGAACGAGGGAAGCCCGCAUGCAGCCACCUACCAGGAAGCAGCAAGCCAUUUCCAGUCGGAAGAGAACCCAAGCUCACGCGACUAUGAACAUGCCGACAUGCCUCCUUCCACCACGAUCCCGGAACGCAGACCAAAGCUAUUCUCGCAUCACUCCUUCGCGGGCCACGAACGCCAGAAGUCCAGCGCCGGUCCAGAUACGCCCACACCGGCGUCGCUCAACCGGCCAAGAGGUCCAAUGAGGUCUGCCAGCCACGCACCCCAUAUGGCUGCCAGGCCAGAGCAUCCGCUAAGGCAGGUCUCACAGGCUUCCUUUGAUGGCGCCUCUCCCGCAUUCGCUGGCUCGACACCAACAGGUGGACCUACCUUUAGCGACCCAGAAUUCUCCAGUGUGGGCGAGCCUUCGCCGCCCAGCGCUGUGUACCAUGUACUGCGUGCUCUCGAUCACGAGCCAGAUGCCCUCAUCGACAACACCGGUGUUAACCGUGUCUUGGAGAGAGGGCGCUUGGUCACUCUGACUAGAGAUUACUCGACUUCGCAUUCGACAUCUAAAGAGGACUUGGGUAAGGACAAAUCGGAACAGAAUAAACCUUCUGCGAUACAGGGUAGUGCUGCUGCACAAGAAGCUCACAAAGCGGCCGCCGCUCGUGGCCGUGCCAAUCUGGCUACGAAUGAUCCCCGCCUGCCGCAACGCUAUGAAGAGUACGAACAGUACCCAAGCUCACCAUGGGCACAGUCGCCCGCCCCGUCCCCGGCUAUCCAGAAUGAUGCUGAUGCCAAUCCGUUCUUCGCUACAGGCAAUGUCGACGAGGAGACAUUCAACCCGUCGCGUUCACCUCAAGACUACACGCAAUUUGGCAUGGUUGAGGCCAUUGGCGUUGACAAAGCCAGUACAGUUACACACAUACCUCUGGUGCAUCCCAUUCUAUCUCAGAUCAUGGCGUCUCCAGCAACCUCCACGCCAAAUCAAACGCCGUCAAUGACGCGGAGACAGUCCGAACAAUCCAUGUCAACGUCGCUGAACAAGGAGGGCUUUGUGCGGAAAGCGCCCAUUGCGAUUCUUUCCAUACUGUCGCCCAUCGUGCCAUAUCCGCGGAACCUUACCAACUCAUUGAAGCACCUUGGCCCUCACCUUGCUACGUCAUUCUCCAAUUCUUGGCACUUCACCAACGCUCAAGCUCAAGUCGCGUCGGUCCGACAGCGGCGCAUGACAGCUGGCACUUCUGGCGGCAUUAGCCUCCCCUCGGAUUCCGAUAGCCUCGACGAUCUGCUCCACCUUGAUCUGGAAGACAUCACCAACUCAGCAGCGGGCAGUGUUACUAGUCCUUCCGACUACUCGGGUCGAUCCAAGCACAGUCCCGGAGACUCCAUCGCCGGAACACCUGGCUGGGACACUUCCUCCGUCGGAUUUUCGAGCAGACACUCCGUGGGCGGUACCCCUGGCCAACUUGCAGGUAGCGAAGCGGUUGAAAGCUACUUCGAUGCGAGAAAACAAUAUGGCAAAACGUUGAACGCCCCAACUUCGACGCCUCAUGAACAAGCUGCCCGCAAGACAGACAAGCGUCCUGCAAAGCGAGUGACUGUAAACCCAGUAGCUGAACAGGCCAAUGACGAUGCUUCCAAGGCACGUAGCGAUAAGCCAGACGAGUCGUUGAGCACGCGUCGCGCCCAGAUGCAGAGCAACUCCAACCGAGGCCAUUCGUUCUUGCACUCAUACGGUGCAGACUUCAGCUCGUCAUUCCAGUCCUUGCAAUCGGCGACAACACCCGGUGGGAAGCCGCCUCAGGCCCCGCAUGGACAUGUGAGGAGACCGUCCAUCACCGAAACGUCUGACAUGCCACCUCCUUCAGAAAGUCUGCUCCGGACAAUCACCGACUCAUUACCGGUGCAGAUCUUCACCGCCGCUCCCAAUACCGGAGCAAUCACUUGGGUCAACUCCAAAUUCCUGAUCUAUAGAGGCCAGGAUCAACGGCAGGUGUUGCAAGACCCAUGGGAUUCAAUUCACCCGGAGGAUCGCGAUUCGUAUCUGGAGGAGUGGAGCAGAUCGCUACGCACUGGUCAGCAAUUGCAGAAGAAGGUGAGAUUGCAAAGGUUUGAUCACCACUACCGAUGGUUCUACGUUCGUGUCGCCCCACUCAAGAACAAGCGCCAACAGAUUGUUCACUGGAUUGGCACCAACAUGGAUUUCCACGAACAGCAUAUUGCUGAACUCAAUUCUGCCCGACAACAGGAGACGGCCGCGUCGGAAGCCAAAUACCGCGCGCUGGCGAACUCGAGCCCGCAGAUUGUGUUUGUCGUGUCCGAUCGCAGGGGUUUGACGUUCUGCAAUUCCCAAUGGAUUUCUUUCUCUGGCCAGAGUGAGAUCCAUGCCCUGGGUAACGGCUUCUUGGAGCAUGUGCACCCUGAUGACGUUGUCAAGUGCAAGCUCCCCGAGUUAGAUGAACACGGAGUCGCCAAUGUGCCCACUUCGAUGCCAGCAGAUCACGGUAGAACCGACUCAAACUCAUCGGACGCUUCAUCGGAGACUGAGCGAACAAUCACUAGCCCAGGUGGAUCAGUACCAGACCGCAUGGACAUGCCUCAGGCCAAGUUGUCCAAACUAGCAAGCACUGGUAUUCUCAGGGUUGCAAAGGAUGCAGAUGGACGGGCAUCGUAUUCCACCGAAGUGCGACUUCGCAACAAAGACGGUGACUACAGGUGGCAUCUGGUCAGGAUCUUGUUAGAGAAUUCACUCUCUGAAGACGGCGAUGAAGAGACCUGGUAUGGCACAGCUACCGACAUCAAUGACCACAAGCUGCUCGAGCAGACGUUGAAGGAAACCAUGGAUGCAAAGUCCAAGUUCCUCAGUAACAUGUCUCAUGAGAUCCGUACUCCUCUGAACGGUAUCUCUGGCAUGGUCAACUUCCUGCUUGACAGCACGCUCAACUCUGAGCAGUUGGAGCAUGUCAACAUCAUAAAAGCUAGUACCGACAGUCUGCUGAACCUCAUCAACGACAUUCUCGAUCUGUCAAAGGUCGAAGCCGGUAUGAUCAAGCUGUCCAUGGAAUGGCUCCAUCUGCCGUCGCUUCUUGAAGAGGUCAAUGACUUGAAUAUGGGCUUAGCCAUACAGAAAGGCCUUGAACUCAACUACCUUGUGGACGAAGGUGUGCCAGCAGAGGUCAAGGGUGACAAGUUCCGCAUUCGCCAAGUUCUUCUCAAUGUGGUUGGCAAUGCAAUCAAGUUCACCGAGCGAGGAGAGAUCUUUAUCCGAUGCAGAUUGCAACCACCCGAUCGAUCUCGGCCCCUGCGAGACAACGAGACCAUGGUUCGGUUCGAAGUGGUGGACACCGGUCAAGGCUUCACAGAUGCUGAGGCCAAAUACUUGUUCAAGCGAUUCAGUCAGAUCGACGCCAGCAGUACCCGGCAACAUGGCGGAACAGGACUCGGCUUGGCUAUCUCUAUGCAGUUCGUGGAGCUACAUGGAGGUAGAAUGGAUGCACGAAGUGCGCCAGGCAAGGGUUCGACUUUCUUCUUCACGAUCAAGUUUGGGCUUCCCACUGCCGACGACUUCCCCAGGCCGCAGGUGUCGACACCAGGCACGCCAGCUUUUGAGACACCGCUGGCAGUGCCAGCAGUGCCUCCACUACCCCAGCCCUCGGCUCUGCAGAAAUUUGUUCAGUCACAAAAUCCUAGCCAAGCACCGAUCAAGCGCGUAUCAAGCGUCUCCUCGGACAAGAGCGAACCUGUCAGGUCGCCUGCAUCUAGUCUGUCAGCCUCUGAGCGUUCGCGCGACUCUCCGUCCCUCUCCUCUGGUAGCUCGGAUCACUCUUUGACAAGUGCCGCUCUUACUGGACAGUCGAGCUUGCGUUCGGAAAGAUCUUCUGCGUCUUCGUACCUGCAAGAAGCCAGCCCAGCUUCAGACCCGGAUAUCAAACUAGCUCUGCCACCCAAACGAACCGAUAGCGAGGAAGCCCCCAAGCCCGACUCUUCCACCUCCAUCAAUUCGGACAAGACCCUCCGUGCGUCUUCGCCCCAUCGUAGUCUGUCACCGCUUGGCAGUGCUCUACAACCUCCCAUGUAUUCUAUUCUGGUGGUGUGCCCACUGGAGCAUAGUAGGGAAGCUACGAUCCGACACAUCAGGAACACACUUCCUCAAGGGAUACCUCAUCAAGUGACGGGUCAAGCUAGCGUCAUCGAGGCGCAGAAGAUGAUGGGCGGCGACAAUCCCGUGCUAUUCACCCAUGUUGUUCUCGUGCUGCACGACACUGCCGAGGUGCACGCCAUCGUGGACCAGAUCUUCAGCUCCAUGGCGUACGGCAACACAUCCGUUGUCGUAGUCUCGGAUCCAUCACAGAAGAAGGAGCUAAUCAAAGAAGCACCGGUCUAUGACUACGAGCAGCUUCACAUGGAUCGACGCCUCCAGUUCAUCUACCGGCCUCUCAAACCUUCGAAGUUUGCCAUCAUCUUUGACCCACAGAAGGAGCGUGAGUCUAGCACGGAUCGCAAUCAAGACAGCGCACAGCAGGUCGUUGUCAGCCAAAAGCUCGUCUUUGAAGAACUCAAGCGUCGCGUGGGUGGCAAGAACCACAAGGUCUUGCUGGUCGAAGACAACAAGAUCAACCAAACGGUCAUCUUGAAAUUCCUUGCCAGGAUCGACAUUGAAACAGAGACGGUACAGGAUGGUGUUCAAGCUACCGAUACCGUCUUUGCAAAGCCACCCGGCUAUUACUCGAUCAUCCUCUGUGAUCUACACAUGCCCAACAAAGACGGGUACCAAGCUUGCAAAGAAAUACGGCGGUGGGAGAAGAAGCAUAGCUACCGCCGCCACCCUAUCAUCGCGCUCUCUGCGAACGUCCUCGGUGAUGUUUACGCAAAGUGCGUGGAAGCAGGCUUCAACUCUUACGUCACGAAGCCGGUGGAGUUCAAAGAACUCUCUCUUGCCAUGACCAAGUUCCUGGAUCCGGCCGACCCUUCGAAACAGCCUGCUCUCAUGAAGAAGAAGUGA